CGGGAAUUUUAUGGGACAUAGCUCUGAAAGAGAGAACGGUCCUCUAAGGAUACAGAAGGACACUGCAGGACAGAGCGCAGGUACAGGUACUCGUAGGAUAGUUCUUCUUUUACCAUGGUUCACGGUGGUAUGGAUACAGAACCUGUGUUGGACAUACACAAGGUGAAGUUUAGCGAUACAGCAUGCUGCAGGUGGAUGGUGGUCUCGCUGCUCCUUGGAUCUAUUACCGUCAGCAUUGCAACAGGAUUAUUAAUAAUGUAUUUAACAACUCAAAGCCUCACUGUUCUACAUACGUUGGAGUUACAAGGACUUCAGUAUGAUCCUAGUUUACAGAACAGCACCUCUGCGUAUUACAGAUCUUUAACCAGUACACUACAGAGAUUGUUAAAAUCCAGUUUUGAAGAUACACUUCUUGAAGACAGUUAUGCAGCAGUUAAAGUUCUACACUACAGCAGGGGGAAUAAAAGUGUCAUAGCGCAUCUCAGGAUGAAGUUUUUAGCUUCUGCUCAUCAUGAGAGUCGUGAGCAGAUUGAAGACAUUCUCAGACAAGGACUGGCAACGUUAUUAGGUGCACAUACUGUUCCAGUAUCAAUUUACGGGAAUAUCUCUUCUGCUCUACUUGCUGAUAACCAAGGAAUGUCCUUCUACUCUAUUGGUCUUAAGUCAGGUAGCUGCCCAGCUCAUGUAUUUGCCUGCAAGAACACACAAUGCAUUGUAAAGCAGAACCCAGAGUGUGAUAACAUUCGGGAUUGUAAGGAUGGCUCGGACGAAAAAAAUUGCAACUGUGGGGUUCGACCUGCCAUGCAAAAAGCUAACAGAAUCGUAGGAGGAUCAGAUGCUACCAAGGGAGAGUUCCCAUGGCAGGUUAGCCUAAGAGAAAACAAUGAGCACUUCUGUGGAGCUACCAUCAUCAGUGAUAAGUGGCUGGUGUCGGCAGCCCAUUGCUUCAAUGACUUCCAGGAUCCGGCUGUGUGGCUGGCUUACAUCGGAUCGAUAUUUCUGAGUGGUACUGACAGUGGCACGGUCAAAGCGUCCAUCAAAACCAUCGUUAAACAUCCCUCCUAUGAUCCUGAUACAGCAGACUACGAUGUUGCCGUACUAGAACUGGAAUCCCCAUUGAGGUUCAACAAGUACACCCAAUCAAUCUGCCUCCCGGCCUCCACGCACACAUUUCCUGUGGGCAAGAAAUGCAUCAUCACUGGAUGGGGAUACCUUAAAGAGGACAACCUGAUAAAGCCUGAAGUUCUCCAAAAAGCUACAGUGGCCCUAAUAGAUCAGACACUAUGUAAUAGCCUGUACAGCAAUGUUGUGACAGACAGGAUGUUGUGUGCUGGCUACCUGGAGGGCAGAAUCGAUUCAUGCCAGGGGGAUUCAGGAGGUCCACUGGUGUGUGAAGAACCAUCUGGCAAGUUUUUCUUGGCUGGCAUUGUGAGCUGGGGCGUAGGCUGUGCAGAGGCCAGGAGGCCUGGUGUCUAUGUCAGAGUGAGCAAAGUCAGAAACUGGAUCCUAGACAUCAUCUCAACAUCUGUGCCCCUCGAUCCAUUUACAAGCUCAACCACUACUACAAGUAUGAAGAAAACCACAAACUCCAAAUCUACCACUGCACGGCCACUGACCAAAUAUUCAACUACUAAGGUGAAACCACCUAGUAGUACCAUGUUGUCUAAACCGACCAACAAACCUCCCAGCACCUCCAAGCCUCAAGAAUGUGGCAGCCGCCCUGGGCUAACAAAACCGAACAAAAUAGUCGGGGGACUGGAUGCUGUCAGAGGAGAAGUGCCAUGGCAAGCAAGCCUCAAGGAGGGCCCACGCCAUUUCUGUGGGGCAACGAUAAUUGGUGACAGAUGGCUGGUUUCUGCAGCUCACUGCUUCAAUCAAACCAAAUUAGAGCAUGUGACGGCUCAUAUGGGAUCCACAGCACUAAGUGGAGCUGACUCUGUGGCCGUGAAGAUCAGUUUAAAGAAGGUCGUCCAGCACCCUCACUUCAAUCCUCUCACCCUAGAUUUUGAUGUGGCUGUGCUGGAGCUUGCCAGCCCCCUGACCUUUAAUAAAUAUGUCCAGCCUGUAUGCCUUCCCUCCGCCCUUCAGAAAUUUCCUGCCGGAUGGAAGUGCAUGAUCUCUGGAUGGGGCAACAUCAAAGAAGGCAAUGUGUCCAAACCUGAGGUGCUGCAGAAAGCGUCUGUUGGUAUCAUUGACCAGAAGAUCUGCAGUGUCCUGUACAACUUUUCCAUUACAGAACGAAUGAUUUGUGCAGGAUUCCUUGAUGGGAAGGUGGACUCUUGCCAGGGUGACUCCGGGGGACCUUUAGCAUGUGAAGAAAGCCCAGGUAUCUUCUUCUUAGCUGGUAUUGUUAGUUGGGGAAUAGGAUGUGCUCAGGCGAAGAAACCUGGUGUUUACAGUCGGGUUACCAAACUUAAAGACUGGAUAUUGGACACAGUGGCCCCUGUUCUGAGAACCACAGACAGUGGCAUGAACCUUCCCAAAUCGUCUGUACAGCCAAGCACUAGCAGUACAUGGCCAUUUACUCUUAGACCACCAACCUCUACUGGCCACAGAACAACUACUCUUUCCAGGACUACAAUCUCUCAAACCAAAAGCACAAGAAGUACUCCAAAGUCUUCUACAACCAAAGGGACCACUAAAAAGACAACUACUUCCAAGGUCAGCACCACAACAUCACGGAUCACUGAGCCACCCCGACCCACUCAAAAGCCAGUACCAUGCACAGCUUCAACAUACAAGUGCUCCAACAGAGUCUGCAUCAGCAAAGCUAAUCCCGAGUGUGAUGGAAUCCCAGACUGCAGCAAUGGUUCUGAUGAGCAGAGCUGCGACUGUGGCUCAACCCCAGUGAUUCCCUUUAACAAGAUAGUGGGGGGCAGUGGUUCCCUUCGUGGAGAAUGGCCAUGGCAAGUCAGUCUGUGGCUGCGAAGGAAGGAGCACAAGUGUGGCGCAGUGCUGAUCUCAGACCGCUGGCUGCUCUCUGCUGCUCACUGCUUUGAUAUAUAUAGUGACCCAAAGCUAUGGGCAGCAUACUUGGGCACCCCUUUCCUUAAUGGGGUAGAGGGAAGGGUGGAGAAGAUCUUCCGUAUCCACAAGCACCCCUUCUACAAUGUAUAUACACUGGACAAUGACGUGGCUCUACUGGAACUGCCAUCUCCCCUCACCUAUACCAAUCUAAUCAAGCCAAUCUGCCUCCCAGACACCAGUCAUAUCUUUCCGGAGGGCACAAGAUGUUUCAUCACAGGCUGGGGAUCAACCAAGGAAGGAGGUCCCAUGUCCAGACAACUCCAGAAAGCUGCAGUUAACAUUGUUGGAGAUCAGACCUGCAAAAAAUUCUACCCAAUUCAGAUCAGUCCCAGAAUGCUGUGUGCUGGUUUCAUGCAGGGAGGUGUUGAUAGUUGUUCUGGAGAUGCAGGUGGCCCCUUGGCAUGUAGAGAACCAUCUGGCCGCUGGUUUCUUGCAGGAAUAACCAGCUGGGGUUACGGCUGUGCGAGACCCUACUUCCCAGGCGUUUAUACCAGGAUAACAUCUGUCCGCAACUGGAUUGGACAGACUCUACGGUUGUGAAGGAUCCUACUCAGGGAUGGGAAGGAUUAGAAACCCACUUGGCAGAAGGAACUUUAAAACCAUGGCCGUGGAAAGAAGGUGGACUUUUGUAUGCUUUCCAAGAAGAAAAAUUAGAGUAUAUUUUCUAUAAAUAAAAGGUAUCCUGUUAUUAUUACAAGAAGAUAAUACAGAACUUUGACUUAGACGUACGCACGGGUUGAAAGUGAUUAUUAGCUUUCCGCUGUGGAUGUAUAUAACUAAGCGGGUUCAAAACCAGAAAGCGAUGUUUAAACAGGUAGUCACGGGUAGGAACAAUGUCAUGUAAUAGGUUGUGUGUUUAAAGGUAAACAGGGCUAUCGGCAUGUAAUAUAAAAGUGACUGCCAGAGAUGUGCGAUGGGACAAAUGUGUAAGUGAUUACAUAGACUUCAUGGCCCAUUAAAGAAAUAUUUACCCACACAUGGGAAAA